UCAAAGCUCAGACCAGAAUUCAAGAAAUUGCGGGAACCACAAAAUCCAAAGAGACUCUGACUGUAUCUGCUUAUCCCCAUUAACCUUCCACUCUAGUUUUCCCAACAAUCUCUAAUCCCACACAAAAUGGUCAGAACCUCUUCCCUCACACCCAGAAGCAAAUUCUUCAUAAGAAAACACAGAAAAUGGCCAGUCUCACCCUACAACACCAAAUGGCACACCCUCUUCAAUCAACACCAAGCACUACAAACCCUCAAACACUCCCCACUAAACCCACCCCAAAACCUUCUCUCCACACUCAUCCACUCCUUCAAAACCUUCAACUCUGACCCAACCCCUGAAGCUUACAACUUUGUCCUCAAAACCCUAACUAAAACCUCACAACUGACCCACAUCCCUUCUGUUCUUGACCGCCUUGAAUCUGUAGAAAAAUUCCACACACCCGAAUCGAUUUUCGCCAAUCUGAUUAGAUUUUAUGGCAGUGCCAAUCGAAUUGGGGAUGCCAUUGAUGUUUUCUACAGGAUUCCCAAGUUCAGGUGUGACCCUUCUGCGGUUUCACUCAAUUCUUUGCUGUAUGUGCUUUGUGGGAGUAGUAAAGGUCUUAAAAUGGUGCCCCAGAUUUUGUUGAACAGCCGAGCUAUGGGGAUUAGGCUUGAAGAGUCGAGCUUUCGGAUUUUAAUCACUGCAUUGUGUGGAAUUGGAAGGGUUGGGUAUGCCAUUGAGAUAAUGAAGUGCAUGAUCAGAAAUGGGUAUGAUUUGGAUGUAAAGAUUUGCUCUUUGGUGCUGUCAUCAUUGUGUGAGCAAAAGGGUUUAGCUGGUUUGGAGGUUGUGGGUUUUUUGGAAGAAAUGAAGAGAGUUGGGUUUUGUGCUGCGAUGAUGGACUAUUCAAAUGUGAUUAGGUUUUUGGUGAAACAGGGGAAGGGUUUGGAUGCUUUGAGGGUUUUGGGGAAGAUGAAAGUGGAGGGAAUGAAGCCUGAUGUUGUUUGUUAUACCAUGGUUUUACAUGGGGUUAUUGCAGAUGGGGAUUACAAGAAUGCGGAUAAGGUGUUCGAUGAAUUGCUUGUGUUGGGUUUGGUUCCUGAUGUUUAUACAUACAAUGUGUAUAUAAAGGGGUUGUGUAAGCAGAACAAUGUGGAAGCUGGAAUAAAGAUGGUUACUUGUAUGGAAGAGUUGGGGUGCAAGCCGAAUUUGAUUACUUAUAACAUGUUGUUGAAGGCGUUAUGUAAGAAUGGGGAGCUGGGUCGGGCGAAGGAGCUUGUGAGUGAGAUGACCUUAAAGGGUGUUGGGGUAAACUUGCAGACACAUAGAAUUAUGCUGGAUGGUCUGUUUUGUAAAGGUGACAUUGAUGAAGCUUGUAUCUUUAUGGAGGAAAUGUUGGAUAAGUUUCUCUGUCAUUGUUGUUUGGCAUAUGAUAAUGUAAUCUACGGGUUGUGCCAAAAGGGUUUUGUUUGUAAAGCAAUGGAAUUGCUGCAGAAGAUGGUUGACAAGAAUGUUGCGCCUGGGGCAAGAGCUUGGGAAGCACUACUCCUUAUCUCAGGAAUUGGAACGAACUUAGUAAAGAUUACUUGGACUGGUUUGUUGAACCGAAUUGAAAUUGAUUGACUUCACCUACACAAAUAUUACACUAGUUUUCGUUGGUGUAUUGAGUUGAAUCCACAACUAUAGUUUGUUCGCUUCACCUACACUAUGGAGUAUGGAAGCUGAAACAGAAGUUAUUGCUAUUGAGAAUGAGUUGAUCAAUAAUGUUUACGAUUCAGAUGUGGUUAUAUAAUUUGAUAUUGUCAUCACUGUGUGAACAAAAGGGUUCAGUUGGUUUUGAGGUCUUGGAUUUCUGGAAGAAAUGAAGGAAGUUUUGUUUGUCCUUGAAUUGACGGACUAUUUGAACGCGAAAUUAAGCUGUGGUUUGGAUGAUGGGAAUGUUCUGUGUAAGAUGAAGGUGAAGGAAACUAAGCCUCAUAUUGUUUGUUAUAGUGCUAUACCAUGACUUUUACAUGAUCUUUUGGUCAGACGGGAAUUAUGGGACAGCAGAUGAGCUGUUUCAUAAAUUGCUUGUGUUGGGUUUGAUUCCUGAUGUUUUUACUUGGAAUAAAAUUUUGUUUCGUCAGCUUAUAUAUA